AGGUUAAUGAAAUCACAUUACCUUGUUAAACCUUGUUGAGUAAAAUUAACACCUGGAGGUGCAUGGAGGAUGAAGCUGAGGUUGGUGGCUCAUCUGGACCAGGUGUCCCCAUAAGGAGACCCGGUACCGACCCAUGCACCCCUACAUCAGGCCUCAGAGGAGGCCUGUGGAGGGCCUUAGCUUAGUAGGUGAUGUUUGGGUUGAACUAUUAAUCGAUUCCAAAUCAAAACUGCAAGUUUGAGAGUCCAGAUAUCCGUCUGAUGUGAUCAUCUCCAUCCUGCAUCCUGGUGGAACAUCUUGGGGUGGUUUCGUGGCGUUUUAGGGCCUCAAUGGUUGAAGCUUUUGGUUACAAGAUGGGAUAUUCGAAAGGGUAGAAAGUAGGAAUAUACAUUCAACACCACGUCUGACUCUGAUUUUAAACUGUCAUGUCGAUAAUUUUACAGAUUUAUCUCCAUCCUCUGUACCAGUGGAACAUCUUGGGGUUGUUCCAUGGCGUUUUAGGGUCUUGAUGGUUCAGGCUUUUUUUAUGAGACACUGAGGGAGAAACGGUGAUUCUACAUACUACAGAUAUUUCUAUAGUAUAGAAAGUUUCUGAACUAUGUGAACACUGUCUGCAGUUCAUUUGAAAAGUCCCUGAAUUUUUGUCAUGUGACUGCUGGUUGCAUGUGACUCACUAAUGGCUUCAAGAUCACGCAGUGGAGCUCAGAAUUUUUUUGUUUUUACACAAUCUGGUUAUUUUAAAUGAUUCAUUUUUGGCAAUUAAAAAAAAAAGUAGAAGAAAGUAAUUUGGCCAAAAUAGCCCAAUUUUAAGCCUAGAUGUGAUUAAUUUUGGUGCUAAAACGGUCAAAGAGUAGAUCGUGGGCCAUCUAAAUGUUCAAAACUUGACGAUUCUUUCUGUUCUUACAAUUUUGGACUCCCAUAAAUGCUGAACUUUUUCACAAAUAUAUGAAAUAAGAUGCCUUUCAAACCUGCCAGCAGGAUUUCAUCAGUGUAUGUCACUAUCAUUUUAUUCCACUUUUGAUUUUAGUCCUGUUCUAAGUGGGUUGUUUCACUCAAUUAGCUGCUGCUGGCCCCACCCCCUUCAGGAAGAAAACUCUCUCUGCGUCUGUGAUUGACACUAGUUGACCAAGACUUUUUAGCUUCUAAUUUUCUGCGAACAAUUAUUUGAUGUGGAUAUACCUCUGAAUUUACCACCGAUGUUUUUAACUCGUGUUUGGUGAGUUUGUUGGAUGACGUUGAGGUUACAACAUCAGUGUUUUAGCCGCCCAGCUGCGUUUCAGUCACUAUUUCAUACCCAUUUUGCCGUCUGACAACUAAAACAGAAUACUAUAUCAAUGUGAAUAGCUUUAUUUGGAUUUCACCUGUAUUAAAAUGCAGAAGUAGCACAAUUUUAAUCCUAGAUUUAAUUAGUUUUGGUGCUAAAAUGGUAAGAGUAGCUCAAGGACCAUCUAAAUGUUCAAAACUUGAUGAUUCGUUCUGUUUUUAACAUUUCUGAUUCCCAUAAAUGCUAAACUUUUCAACAAAUAUAUGAAAUAAGAUGCCUUUCAAAGGCGCUGGCAGGUUUUUGGGUUCAGAGUGAAACUAUUAAACACUCUGUUCAACAUCGGUGUGUGUCACAAUCAUUUUAUUAUACUUCUGGUUUUAGUCCUGUUCUAAAUGGGUUGUUUCACUCAAUGGGCUGCUGCUGGCCACGCCCCCUUCAGGAAGAAAACUCUCUCUGAGUCUGUGGUUUACACCAGUUGACCAGGACUUUCCAACUUUCUGGCUUCUAACUUCCUCUGAACAAUUGUUUGACGUGGAAAUAUCUCUGAAUUUACCGCCGAUGUUCUAAACUCGUGGGUUUGGUGAGUUUGUCGGAUGACGAGGUUACAAAAUCAGUAUUUUAGCCACCCAGCUGCGCUUCAGUCACUAUUUCAUACUCAUUUUGCUGUUUGACAACAAAAACAACAAUAUGUAAAUGAAAACAGCUUUAUUUGGAUUUCGCCUGAAUUGAAAUGUAGAAAUAGCACAAAUUUUAAGCCUAGAUUUGAUUAGUUUUGGUGCGUUCAAGGACUGUCUAAACGUUCAAAACUUGCUGAUUCUUUAUGGUUUUACCAUUUUUGUUUCCCAUAAAUGCUGAACUUUUUAACAGAUAUCUGAAAUAAGAUUCCUUUCAAACAUAUCAGCAGGUUUUGGGGUUCAGAGUGAAACUAUAAAACACUCCGUUGAACAGUUGUAUUACUAUUGCUGGUGCGUGUCACUGUCUUUUUAUUGCCCAGGCCUGAUGUUACCUGCAGCUCAGUCGGCCUUCAUGCUCUGUGACUCAUGCGAGGGCAAACUGCAGCUCUUAAAGCAACACAUCGGCCUGAAAUUGGUCCUUUUCCUCGUCUGUCUUGGAUCUGACUCGGGGAGGAGGUGUUUGCCAGGCUGGAAUGGAUUUUGCUGAGAUUAUCCUAAUAAAUGCUCAGAUUUGUAAGCUGCGGCCCGGCAUGUGCUCAUCCACUGUUCUGGAAACGCCCGGCCCCUCGCCCUCUUACAUAAAAGUACUUUAGGGAAUGCUGAUACAUAAUCCUGCUGUUCUAAUAAGCGUUAUUGAUGCUGUGGAUAACUAAACAUGGUACUGCAGCAUGGAAACGUCGCUGCUUUGAGGCGCCUCAGCUGACGGUUCGUCUCGUGAUUCAGCGUCUCCUCAGGGCCACGUUCUAUUCUUAAAUCCGCUCCUUAUCUUAAUCCCGGCGUCACCCUGUAGAUGUGCAGAGUCAGCUUUGAUGUGUGCUGGACGUUUCCUGCUCUCUUCGUCCUUCUAUAUAAACCCAGAGUAGAUUUUUAAACAGUAGAUGAGACGUUUGCAUUGUGACGAUGGACGGAGGAACAUUUUAAAUUCAGCAGGAUAGUUCUGUCUUCACAAUAACAAUAUAUAACCUGCAUCUCUGGCUGGCUAUGAAGGUUUCCUGUAAUAUGUUUAGAAUAAUUUUUGUGCCGACUGUCGGUGUGGAUCUGACCCGGCAAGAAGGUGUUCAGGGGCACUUAUUGAAGCAAAAGCAAACCACAGGAGUUUAAGUUCUGCAAAAUGUCACUGAGGGAGACACAAACGACUAUAAGGAAAUCCCAAAAAAGCUGCAAAGUGAUUAUAAUGAGACAAAAAUUGACAACAAGGACAUUGAAAGUGACUACAUAGACUUAAAUCGGUCAGAAAGACACAUAAAAUGUCCGCAAGGAUGUGCAAAAUGACUACAAAAGCAUGUAACGCGACUCCAAGGAUGCUGAAAUUGACCACAUGUACAAGCAAAUAACCCAAAUAACCACAAAAAGAUGCAAAACCUGUACAGAGAUGCACAAAGUAACCACAAAGAGACAAAAAGAGACUGCAUGACUACAAAUAGUCACAAAAUGUUUUUGCCAAGGGCAACAAAAAACCUGAAAGAGAUGCUAUAAGAUGACAGAAACAACACAACUACAAAGAUAAAUCCCGACAAAAUAACCUCGAAGACACACAAAGCAACUACACAGAGAUGCAAAAGGACACAUAACCGCUGGAAAGAUGCACAAAGUCUUCAGUUAAUCCGAGAAAUAUUGCCCAACGAGACAUAAAUUUGCUAUGAAGCGAUGCAAAACAACUAGAAAGAAACGAAACAGCUACAAAACGACAGGAAAACAAGAAAGGGACGGAAACUGAUCACAAAACAAAAAGCUCUAAAGACUUGAAAGGCAAUUACAAAAAGACACAAAACAGCUCCAGAGAGACACAGAUGGACCAAAAACAGGCUCAAAUCUACUAUAAUAGAUGCACAGGAACUCAAAAGAGAUAGAAGAAGAUGCAAAAUGACCACAAAGAGACACAAAAUGUCUACAAAAACAUGCAAAACAACUAAAAAAUAGACCAAAAAUGUUUUCAAAAACAUGCAAAGUGAACUGCAGAGAAACACAAAUGGACUAAAAACAGACUUAAAUCUACUAUAACAGAUGCACAGGAACUCAAAAGAGAUAGAAUACCAUGCAAAAUGACCACAAAGAGAUGAAAAAUGCCUACAAAAACAUGCAAAACAACUACAGAAACACCCAAAUGUCUGCAAUGACAUGCAAAGGGAGGGACUCGCUAAUGUUCUAGCCUCUAACUUUUCUCAAAAUAGCACAAUUUUAAGCCUAGAUUUGAUUUGUUUUGAUGCUACAACGGUAAAAGAAUAGUUCAGGGACCAUCUGAACGUUCAAAACCUGACGAUUCUUUCUGUUUUUACAACUUCGCCUGUAUUAAAAUAGUUUGUGAGCACAGAGAGCGGGAGAGAAGCUAACGGAUGCUAGUGUUUACAGUAGCCCACCCUGUCCUUGUUUAUUGGCUUAGAUUAAAUUUUCCACCAUUUCUGAUUGUCCCUCACUGUUACAGUGUCCACAGAACUCUAACCUGUGGACAGAGCAUCAAAGCUAAUGGUAAUGCUAGCUACAUUAGCUGGAAAAAGGACUAUCAUGAAGGAUUUUCCUGCCUAUUGUUGUGGUGACAUUGCCCUGAAAAAAAUAAAAGUAAUUCACUGGAGCUUUAGCUCCUCAGAUGCUGGCAUUGCAUGAAAACCCUCGUGUUCACACUUGCAGAACAUUUCUUAACUUUUGAGACAGUUAGCAUUAGCAGCUAUAGUAGCAGAAUAAACCUGGUGGACCGAGUUAGCCGCUCGUUCUGAAUGUCUCACCUGGAAGCAGUGAGGAAGGAGGCGUUUUACAUUUUUAAGUGUAAUUUAAAUCAAUUUAGAACAAUUAUUUGUAUUACAAGGCUUUCUUAUGGAUUUUCUUUUAAUUUUUGUUGAGUUAAAUUGUAUUUUACUCUCCAUGUUACACUCAAGUCUUGCAUUGCUCUGUUUUAGCUUUAAAUUAACUUGUUGUUUUUAAGAUUUUUUUAUUUACUUUUGUCAUUUUAUGCGUUUUUUAGCAUCCAUUGCUUGUCUUUUUGUUGUACGUCUGUUUAUUUGUAUUAACUUUAUUAUUAAUAUUACGUAAACUGACACAUUUCUAACAACCAAUACUGGAUUUAAUAAAGUUAGAAUUUAAGGCCAAGUUGCUGGAUUAGAUUGUACACUCAUGUCUAAUAAUAAUAAUUCACAAAAUUGCAGUUAUUUAAAGUUUAGUGGCUCCUUGUAGGUAUGUUUUUAUGGCUGAGAAGCUUUAGAUAAUCCUCUGUGCUGUGGCUUCAGCUCAGGCAGAGGACUGGACUGAACCCAGCAUGUUAAGUGUGACCGAACAUCCAGCAAACUGGAGGAUCAACAUCCUUUUUUCAGUCUCUGUGGUGGGCGUCGGUCUCCAGAGCUUCACUGCCUGGCUAUGUCGUAAGGUCACUAAGUGCUUUAUGCAGAAAUAGCUUUUGUUUCCACUCAGCUCAACACAAACGCCACAUUAUUUACAUGUUAAGCAGCUUGUGAGAGCAGGCGGAUGGCGGCCGCGCCGCUGUGAAGUCCUCUGGUGGAGGUUUGAAUGCUUGGCUGAGAGUCGGCAGAGAUCCAGUCAUCAGCUGGAGGUCCCGUUCAAACAGCGGAACAAGGAAAAGAAAGUUCUGAACCUGUUUGGGAAGCCCUUUGAUGGUGGGAAGAGGAUGGACCAUGGUGGUCCGCAGCAGCAGCAGCAGCAGCAGCAGCAGCAUCCCAUGGAGCAGCAGCAGCAGCCGUACCACCCGCAGCAUCCCGCCAUGAUGCGGCUCUACGAGGUCCAGAAGGAGGUGGCGUCUCUGGGGCCGCAGGUCUGCACCUUCAGCGGCCUGCAGAACGACCGCGACUACAAGCGUCUGGAGCGAGAGCUGACCCGGCUGCUGCUGGAGGUGGACCAGGUGGACACGGAGGGCAAGCCGGACCUGCAGGGGGCUCGGAAGAGGGCGGCGCAGGAGGUGGAGGGUCUGCUGCGCUACCUGGAGGAGAACGCCACCCACCCGUCCCGUCUGGCCAUCGAGGAUCUGAGCAACAAGGCCCGGCAGCUGGUGGACGAACGCGUCGUGGCUCCGCAGCGAGCCGGCGGCGUGGCGGAGAUCAACGACGAGCUGGUGGACGCCCUGCAGGAGCUGGUGCUGAGGCUCACCCAGGUGAAGACCGAGGGCCGGGUGCCGCUCCGCAAAGCUCGCUACCGGGCGCUAACACGCCUGUGCGCCGUGCAGGACGUGGUGGAAGGGCGGACGCAGCAGCAGACCCUGUCGCUGCCGCUGCCGGGCGACACCCACGAGGCCGUGCACCGCAUCAACCAGGUGAUGGUGAAGGUGAGCGUCGCCCGCAGCCAGCUGGUGGCGCUGCUGAUGGGGCUGAGCGGGAGGGACAGCUGCGCCCACCUGUCGCGAAUCCUGACGGAGAUGCAGGUGGAGCUGGACGCUCUGGACGUAUCCGGAAACGCAGCCAUCAGAAACUACAGGAAGCAGGUCGUGGAGGAGAUAAACGGGCUGCUGAAACACCUGGACCUGGAGGGGGAGGGAGACGACACACGCAGGUACGACUUGGCGCAGAACAACUCCAUCCGUGAGAUCGAGGCGGUGCGAGCUCACGUCUCCCACCUUCGGGAAGGCAUCCUGCGACACUGUGCGAUGGGCGACCUCGGCUUCAGGCCCAAAGCCGAGCUGCAGAGCCUCCUGACGCACCUGGACCAGGUGGACACGGCCAAGAACCCGUGCAUCAGAGAGGCCCGCCGCCGCGCCGUGGUGGAGGUCCAGGCUGUCAUCACCUUCCUGGACCUCCGCGAGGCGCUGGCCCGCCGCCAGCCGGGCCCCGCCGAGCACCCGUCCCACAGGGCCGUGUGGCUGGUCCUGGGGAGCCUGUCGGACCUCCAGGCCCAGGUGCUCGGCUACGAGGGCAAGCGGGCCGACAAGAGCUACAUGAUGCUGGAGGAGCUGCUGACCAAGCAGCUGCUGACGCUGGACGCCGUGGACCCGCAGGGCGACGAGACCACCAAGGUGGCGAGGAAGCAGGCGGUGAAGUUCGCCCAGAACAUUCUCAACUACCUGGACAUGAAGACGGACGAGUGGGAGUACUGACCCGACGGACGGGACGACGCUGCAGCAAUGAGGGGAGCUGAUAAUGUGUGUAAAUAAUAAAAACUGGUACAUUAUCAUUCCACGGGCUGUAAAUACUGACUCAAACCCCCAGAAUGCACUGCAGCAGCGCUUCUCUUACGUCUGUGUGUGGUAGUCAUGGCCGAACGCUGAGAAACACGGAACUCCUUUUGUGAAACACUUUUUUUUUUGUGCUUUUUGGAGAUUUCUUUUCAUAUCUCCUAUCUGUGUGUGAGUGUGUGUGAGUGAGUGUGUGUUUGUUGGUGAGUGUGUGUGAGUGUUGAGUUGUGUUUGCCGUGCGGUUGUUGAAGCCUGCUGCUGCCAAAGCACUAACUAAUGCCUGUUCCGGUGGUCGUUUCCUGCAGACUGCACUAGAUGUUGAGAAGUUCGAGGCGUGACGGAUCUCUCGGCGGCGGCUUCCACUCGUCGCUCUGAUUAGUCUGAGCCGCCGACGGAGACGAGCGACGCUGCUUGUGUUAAAUACAGCGAGCUGAUUAGACGGAGGGGAGGGUCACAUACCUGCUGAUCUGGAGCGUAGACGAGAAAUUCAUUUAAUCUUCAGCCAAACGUGGGUUUUUACAGCUGAGGGAGGAUCUAUGGCGAGCCGUUUUAACAUUUAACAGUCUUUAAAAGCAGGAUAUCUCUAAUUCAAUCAGUCAGAGAGAAUAUUUUAUAUGAUCAACAACAAUAUCAGCUUUUACAUUCCUAUGUAUGAAGGUUCUCUGUACAAUUAUCGACAAAUCAGCUUCAGAUCUGCAGCCGAAUUCUGAUUUUAGCUUCAGAUAUCUACAGUUUAAUUCAUAAUUUUAGUUUGAAAUAGCUUGGAAUAUAUUGUAGAAAUCUCGAACUGGAAAUCUGCCUAGUCUAAAUGUAAUUACAGAUAUCUUAAAUUAGACUUUUAAUUGUGCAAAAUGGCAUUGCGGAUAUCUGUAGUUACGGCAAGUCGGAGGCAAAGGUGGUUUGCUUUCAGACGUAUUAUGAAAAUCCAACAGUUUAAGGUAAUUCAGCAGCUUAACCCUCGGAAUCCUCAGCAGUUUUGGGGCAUUUUUUUCCUCAUUGUGGGCUAAUUUGUCAGUCCUGCACCUCUAUGACAACAAAACAACCAUAAGAGAGAAUUCAGAAAUGUUUUCUGUGCAGAAUUACACAAUUGGAAUGACAGAAAUCAUGAAAAAGCAAAAAACAAAAGUUGAAUUUCCUUAUAUAUUUUGCGCAACAUACAACAUUUUUUCAAAGUGACCACAAAAACGGAGGCGCUACAAGACAUUGAACUAUCUUUAAUUUGUUCCUAUAGUUGUUUCAUAUGUGUUUGGUGUAAACACUGCCUGCAGUUCAGCCAAAAACUUCCUGAAUUUUUAUCAUGUGGCCGGUGGUCGUAGCUUGGCUUCACGGAUACAACGGGAAGUGCAGAAUGUUUUUGGUUUUUUUUACAGAAUCUUUUUCAUGCAAACAAUUUUUGGCAAAUUUUUUAAAGUCAAAGAGCCAGUUUCCGGCUCUGAUAAAUGGUGUAAUUCUGCUGAUUUAUUUAAAAAGCUGCGGUUUUUGGAGAUUCAGAGGGUUGAAAGCUACAACGGCUCGUCUUAAAUACCAAACGUUACAUUUUCCAGAUCCGGUAUUCAAGCCAGAGGAUCUGUGUUGAAACAGAUGUGAUUAGAGUCGGAGCAGCGUCGGGCCGCUCUCCUCUCCGUCGGUUUGGGAUCUCAGACGAGGAGAAUCUGUGUCGAGGUGUCAUGUUGGGAUGUUUGAGCAGAUAAAAGCACCUUCCCUUCCCCUCCCUGCGCCGCUUGUGUAGCUGUUAGUCUGUAACUCGUUCCAUAUGUUUGUUGUGACUUCGUACGAUCGGCUAUAAAUGGAUCCGAGAUGGAGGAGCGGCGGAGGCGAAAUGUCUUUUGCUGCUGUUGCUGCUUUGGCGUUUUAUUUUUUUCUGUUGUUGUUGUUUCUACCCACUGCUUUGUACCAACGGAGGACUGUGAAGGUCCCCGGGGAGAUGCAGGGAGGGAGGCGGCGAUAUCCACUGGAUUGACACAUCAAGGCUGAAGCCGGCGGGCCGACUGUGUGGUGGAGAGUGUUGACGUGAUGGCAGCCGACAGAGCCUUCUAGAAACUUCUCCGAGCUGCUGCUGCUGCUGCUGCAGCUUCUGCUGCUGCUGGGCGGGAGGGAGGGAGGGAGGGAGGAUGUAGUAGAGAAGUCCAAAUCUCUGUGCCUUUAUUUUCACCUUCCCUAAGAGCCGGUUUGCAUGAAAAGCAGUGAAGUUCUCAAAAUGUAUCGAUGCACAAGAAUGAGGCGGCGACCGAAGCACCUCUGGCCGUUUGUCAACGCCAGAAAAAUUUGCACUAUUGAGAGAUCAGCGUUUUAAUUCUUCCCCCCCACCCAUCCCCGAUGAAGUCGUGGUCAGUGAUUUGUAGUAACACAGACUCUGUUUUCAGCAGCAUGAGUCAUAUUUUCACACUGCAAACAGCCUCAGAUGGAGCAGCAGGAGAAUCAAAAUGCCUCAAUUAGACGAUUAAAUGACUUCACAGCUUCACACCGACCUUCAGAUAGGAGAUGAUGAUUGUGGAGACGCCUCAGUUAGUGGGAGUUUUCUGGCAUAUCAUCAUUUUUAUCACAGAUUGUACAUAAAAGAUGAGAUCUGAAGCCCUAAAUUUAUGUUCUUAUUAUCAGCCAGCAGGGGGCGACUCCUCUGUAGUCCAUUUGUAUAGAAAUCUAUGAGAAAAUGAUCUGACUUCUUACUUAAUUUGUUACUUAAGUGAGCUUUGAUGAAUUCAUGGCUUCAGUUGGUAGUUUUAGGUCUCCUUCAAUACAGCAUAGUGUAUAUUUUUCCAUUAUGUUCCCACUGUAAAGAAAAUAGAUUAAAAAAAAGUAGCUUCAUAUUUAGAGCCUGGCUGGACAAAGAGCCAUGUUUGAACUGAUGUAGUUUAGCCCGUACUUCCGCCACAUGCUAAAUAAACACAUUUCCAGAAACUAGAAGAAUCUACCUUUCAAAUGAAGUCUUGACAGAAAUAUUUUGGCCUCCUUUUCCUCUUUUUUCAAGCUUUUCCAUAAGGCCAAAUGAGCAAAAAUCCCAUUAAAAAGGUGGCGGCUAAGAGGUUAAACUAUAAACUUUUUGAACCAUGUUUGAACCGAUGUAGUUUAGCCUGUAUUUUAACCACAUGCUAAACAAGCAUAUUUUCAGAAACUAGAAAACGUUACCUUUCAAAUAAAGUCUUGACAGAAAUAUUUUAGCAUCUUGCUUCCCCUUUUUAAGCUUUUCCAUUUGGCCAAACAAGCAAAAAUUCUAUUAAAAAAAGAGUAAACAUUUUACAAUAUAUAUAUUACUUUUAAAGGAAAGCAGGAGUUUUUUACUAAUUGGACCUUAUGUUGCUUGGAAGUAAAAUCUAAAUUUGAACAUUUGUAGUAUAAAUUGGUGGAUUUCAUCCUCGCUAAUUAAUGGAACAAAUGUUCAUGGAAUAGAAAUAUGUCAGCAGGAAGACCAAAACAGUGGCAACUUCCAAUACUUGAGGCGAUCAGAAAGUUAGAUUUUGGUUAGCUUCUAUUCUAGCCACAUGCUAAACAAGUUAGAAGAAGUUAGCUUUCAAAUUAAGUCUGACAAACAUUUUGGCAUCUCUCUUCCUCUUUUAAGCUUUUACAUAUGAUCAAAUAAGCAAAAAUUGCAAUUAAAGGGUAGAAGUUAAGAGGUUAACAACUUUCUAUGACAUAUAAUUUACUUUUUGAAGGAAAUGUGCCAAUUGGAACUUGUGUUUGGAAGAACUGUGUAAAUCUGAACAAUUGUUCCUGCACAUGACAACUUCCCAAGUUUGAUGUAGCUACAUGCUAAACCAGUACGUUUAGAAACUAAACCUUUCAAAUUAAGUCUCCCACAAGCAUUGUGGUCCUACAUUUCUUCUGCUACAAACUUUUCCACUGGCUAAAUGAGAAAACAAACACAUAGGCAAGGUGAAGCUGAGCACAAAAUCAGAAAGUGGAAGAUGCUGCUUUACAAAUUAGGUCUUAUACUAGCAGCUUGGUUUUACAAUACAUUUGUUUUAGGCUUUUCAAUUCGGCCAAAUGGGCAAUAAUCUCCAAAAAAAGGUGGAUAUUAAGAAAUUAAAGACAUUUUAUAGCAUAUAUGUAACUUCUAAGGGAAUGCAGGGACUCUAUACUGGUGGAACUUGAUAAAAAAAUCUAAAUUUAAACUUUAGAAAACUCCACAACGGCAACUUAAUGGACUCUGAGGUGUUUGGCUAAAGAGUGCUCAUGAAUAAAAAUAGGUAAAGUGGGAGUCUGUGGUUGUUCUCAGUUGAAGUUCCCUCCUUCGUUUCGUGGCUGCUGCUCUCUGUGUGGCUGUUCUCAGUGUGAACCGACACCAAAAGGUCAAGAGUCCCGUCGUUUCCCCGUAACAAGCUCCUCACGAGCGAUUACAGAAACUAAACCCCCAAAGAUUUGCUUUCCGGAGACCCUCGUCCUGCUGCUUUUUGAAGACACGUUCCAGUGAACUCCCACGGAGCUGUUUUAUCUGCGCUGAGCUGCUGUUGGAAGCGUUUCCUGGCACGACGCCGGCAGCUCGGCCUCCCGGGUGCAGCGCCGACUCACGUGGGAGAAAAUGAGAUUAAACGGCGUUCGUUAAACAUCGCCAGCCCGCCUGGCCGUUGUUGCAACAGAUGCUCUCUCACAGCAAACCUUAUGCUCUCUCAGACCAAACACACCUUAAGUUCACUUUUUGUACGCAGUAGCGCGUCAACAGAUGCACAUUUAGUCCUCAGCUUCCUCUUCAAACGUCCCUUUGAGUCUUUAGCAAGUUUUUCACUGUACAGAAAAAAGACAUUCCCCUCUUUUGUCGUCUCAAAGUGUCUCCAAGCCAUACAGCCGUACAAAUUUAUACUCUGUGGUUCAGACAAAAGGGAGCUCCUCUGCUAAAACUGUGCUGUUUCUGUUAGAUUUAGCCGGUUUUUCUGCUAACUUCAUGGGAAUCACAACUGAUAGGUGUUGUAAAAUCAGCUUUGUUGCAUUUCUGUGAUGCCAUUCUUAUGCUAAAAAGGAAAAAAAGCAUUUUAAAGGGGUGAAAGAGAGCAUUUUGGCAACAAUUCCUGUGUCCUUUACAAAAUAUUUAGUUGGGAAAAAAUACACUAAUAUCGACGUUCAUGGCAUUAACUAGAAGAAGUUCAUACAUUCCUUUAGCCCUCUGAAAACCAACUUGUUUCUGGGUUGUUUCUGUCACAUUUUCCUCACUGUGGUUUAAUUUUUCACUACAAUAUAAAGUCCUGCAGCUCUAUGGAAACAGAACAAUCAUAAAGAAGGAGAGAGAACUCAGAAAUAUCAGUUAGAAUGUCAUAAAUCAUAGAAAAAAAAUGAGAAAAAACUUGAAUUUGCUUCAUUAUUUAUGUUAAAAAAUGUUUUUAAAAAUGGAAUCAACAUACUAAACAUUUUUCCAAGUUCCCACAGGUGUUAUUAAUGCUGGAAAAUAAAACUGUGACUCUACAUACUGUAGAAAUUUCACUAUUUACAUUUUAAAAUUCUCUUCUUUGUGUAAACACAAAAAAAUGUUCAGCCAAAAAAUCCCAGAAUUUUUGUCGCAGGACUGUUGAUCGCAGCCGAAUCACUAAAGGCUUCACAGUUAGGCAGACGAGUGCAGAAUUUUUGUUUUUUUACAGAAUCUGGUUAAAGCAAACAGUUUAUUUUUGGUGAAUUUUUAAAUCGAGACUUGUAAAAUUUUGAUGAAAUGUCACAAUUUGAAGCUCAGAUUUAGUUACAUUUUCCCGAAUGAAAGUCACAUCACAGAAAAAUAGUGCACAAAACGUUGAAAAUCGCUUGUAUAAAUGGUGUGAUUUUAGCAAUUAAACAAAAAAAAAAAACACUUUAAACCCUAUGACAAGUUUUGGGGUUCAGAGGGUUAAAUGUCAUAAAUCAUGAAAUCUAAAGCACUAAAGAAAAGCUUUUCUUUGUCAGUUUUUUAAAAAAUAACGCAACAAAAAGUCUGUUAAUGCCAGGAUUUUGGUUUCUUCCCUGACUGUGAAAUUAAUUAACGAUACUCAGACUGAAAUAAGCAUUCAGACCUCGAACCUGAAGCCGGAAUAAUCCAGUUUCUGUUUCCAAACGCGCUGACUAAAAGCAGCAGCGUCUGAACCUGGAGUCCAUCACAGCCUGAAACGUUCAGGUCCGCUGGGUUUUCUGACUGAUCUGAAAGGUUUGUUUUCGCUGCGCUGUCCUUCGGUUGAAUGUAGCCACUGAGGAAUGUUUUUGUGUUUCACCAAAGUUCAUCUCAGCGAGGACAGAUCGAGUGGAAAUAAUGAGGCAGAAAUGUUUAACAUCUGAGUUUUAACAGUUUUAAGAUCAGCAGCUGGUUGCACUGACAAAAUCUAAGACAAGUUAACACCAAAUGCUCAUUUCUGACUUCAUUUUGGAGCCAAAUUCAACAAACUAAACCAACUAAAUCACUAAGAAGACCGAUGUGUGGAUCCAUUUUUUGCACUUGGACUCAGAUUACACUAAUAAGAUGUUAAUUAGUGGCUUUCAGAGGUGCUUUUAGGCAGAUUUACUAUCAUCUUGUGUCCAGUUUUUGUGCUAAACUGCCGUAAAUCAGCCGAUUUAAAGUACAGACAUGAGAGCCGGUGGUUGAAAUAAGAUAAAAGCAGCUGUGGAGCAAAAUUUAAAGUCUCUAAAGUCUCUAAUUUUUGACUAUAAAUUAAAUAUUGGAGCUGUGUCACAAGUUUUCUGAAAGUUUAUGUUGAAAUACACAAAAAAGUAUUAAAUAGUUUUUAAAAAUGCCCUAUUUUAUAUUAAUUUCCAAAGAAAAAAAUUUGAAUAUUGGAGCCAGUUUCAAGAUUUUUAUUUCAUUUUGUUCACAAAUUUGAGUCAAAUAUUUGUUUAUUAAUCAGAAAAUACUGUAAACAGCCAGAAAUAAAUUCCAUCAUGCUUUUAGGGAUAAAAUGUUAAAUAAGUCAACCAAAUUUACAGAAUCAGGCUUUAAAUCAGGACCAGCUGUAGAUCUGACAAACAAAAUCCAAAUGGGAUUUUCUGUUUUCACCAAAAAACAAAAACAAACUUUCAUCAUUCGGAUUAAUUUUGGUGGUUUUAUGAGUAAAACAAGGUUUAGAAAUAAAAAUCAGAAGAAAAACUUCAGUUAAUUGAUGCUAUAAAAAAGUAACAACUGAUCUAAAUGGAGAAAUGGGCACAGAAUGUUGAAAAUAAGUUAUUUUCAGAUGGAGAAAUAGUUUGAGACCUUCAGAUUCAGGUGUUUGGUCAUAAAUGUACAAAAUAUGAACAAACUUCUGUGUAAAAACCUGCAGAAUAUAGAAUAAAAAUGCUGCUUUAGUGGAGAUUUGGGGCUUAAAGUGGGAGAAAAAAAUAACAUUACCUUUAAAAGAUAAAUUUUAUGAUUAGUCUGAAAUAAGAUGUCCCAAAAUCUUAUUUAUAUCCUGAUUUGUAGAGCAUUUUAUUCCUAAAAACAUGAUGAAAGCAGGAUUUUCUGAUUCCAAAAUCUCUCCAAUAUGUCAAAAAAAAUAAAAUAAAAAUCAAAGCAUUUUUUUUGUGAUAUUCAGAUUUCUGUUCUAGAAAUUAGAGCAAAUUAUUGAUAUAUUUAUAUAUUUAAAUGUUAAAUUUCAACAAAAGCUCCUCAUCUUGCAGCAGAAUGAGCUCAUUUCCCUUCACAUCUUCAGUCUUUGUCGGUGCAACGAGCUGCUGAGUCUCAGCUUGUUCAUUUAAAGGGUCUGAAGAAUGAAAACCUGAUCUUCCUUGCUGAGCUUUUUUGCAAAAACUCGGUUGAUUUUAAGCGCUCUUCUUCUUUCUCGUUGGUUUCUCGCUGCUUGGCCUUUUCUUUCUGCAGAUGACGGGAACGUUGGGCGCUGGAAAAGGUUUUCUUUUGUUUCUCCAAAUGUACGUUUCUCUUAAGUCGCCUUUAACUGCGUUGAUUGUGACGGGCUUUUUGAUGUUUCCUCCUCCGAGACGCGCUUGUACAAAACAAUAAAAAAUGAAGAAGAAAAAAAAAGCACACUGAGACUGAAACGAAGCGCUGAAAGUGUGAAUGCUCCAUGGAUGGCUGAGUUCAGAGUUUGUAUUCCCACUGCAGAAUAAAGACGCGUCUCCAUC